AUGUCUCAAGGUGGGGAGAUGGUUUUUUCCUCGACGUCUCUGACCUAUUUCGAAUUCUUUCUGCUCCUACCUCUGGCUAGCGCGCGUCCUUACAAAGUUCAGUGCAAUGAUUCACAACCAGCGCAGCGUGCCGUCCCCAUCUGCCGGCCACUAUUUUUACUUUCUUUCCACCUGCCACCAUCUUCUAUUAGUUGUGACAUUGAGUAUUCUGCUCUCUAAAUUUCAAUUAUACGGUUCAGAUAUCCUAGUUUGAGAUGAAUUUUGCAGUUGCCAAAGUACAGAAAAAAAGACAAAAGAGGUUGUUUUUAUAUCAGAAAAACAAACGAAUUCAGUCGCAAAAAAUCACUUAAAAUGAAACUUUUCGAUAAACCUAACUUCAUAAAUUGUUUACCUUUUUUUCAUUCGAAAAAAAUGGAUUUAUUGUUUACGUGGAUCGAAUUUUCGCAGAUUAGAAAAGUUUCGUGCAAAACUUUUGAAGCUUCUCGAUUUUCAGUCCCCUUUCCGAUGAAUAAUUGUUUUUCAUGUCGUUUCAACAUUAUUACAAAAAAAUUUGAGAGAUCUUAAAUUUCGGAUGAAUUUGAUUCACCAAGGAGCUCAAAUCAAAAAAUUAUCGAGAAAAACCUUUCGAUUGUAAACUCUAUCAAGAUUUCCUCGUUUAUCUUUUUCUUCGAUCUGAAUAUAUUUGUGACUGAAAACCUUUCGCAGUCUGCUGAUAAGACAUUGGCAAGUCGCUCCUCAUUAAUCAAUUUGUCUGAGCAUCUGUGCGGUCGAGGUCCCCGCGUGCCUUGCCUCUCAAACUUUUUGUUUCGAUCGAGCUCUUAUUGAGAUUCAGGCUUGCUUCUUUUCUCUUUUAUAGUUCAUAUCAUUUUAUUCGUUCGAAAUUUAAUCGCAAUAAAAAAUUUCAAUAUGAGCAUAGGGUUCAUAUGAACUUAUUUCAUCUUCCUAACACGCUUAAUAAACUUGAUAUGAUGUAAAGCUGGCAAAACCUCUAAUAAGGUUGAACUUUCCAAAUUAUUUUUUUCAAACGUAUUGAUGAAAAAGGAUUUUUUUAUUUUGGCAUCUCAGGUUUCCGCUCGAGAUUCUAAGACAAUGUUGAGAGUCUUCUCCCAUGAAGAACUGAAUAGGAACGCGAACGAUGAAAAGGUAAUUUUCAGUACUUCAAUGUUGAAAACAAGUAACAAAUAAACUUUGGCUGCUUUUGAUUGUCAGCAAUUUUUCAAAUUUCAGAAAACCCUCCGUCUCACCAGCUUCAAAGUCUUGAGCAAAGUCGAUGAGGUGAGUUUCAAAUCUUUUUGAUAAUAAUCCUAAACAAAAACUCAUUUUUUUGGCUUUCUUUGAACACGAUAAAAAAAUUUUUAAAAAGAAAGAAAAAAAUCCAAAAUCGAAAAAUUCAGAGGGAGAUGGAAAUGGGAAUCUGGUCGGAUUGUUCGUGCCCUAUAAUUCAAUGCAAAGAGUUGCCUGUGGCUCCAGAGGCUCAACAACGUUUGAAAUAUCAACCUCUAGUUAUUUACUCAGCAGACCACGUUUCGGGGCCAGUAAACUACGAGCUUCAUAUACUAGAUCUAUCGGUUAGCUUGAAAUUAUGGUUUUUAUUCUGGAAUAUUACCAAAAUUUCUUCUCAGAUUCAAUUGGCCGCCGACAACCAAGAGUUUUCUAUGAAACAAAAGAUUCGGAAGAUAUUUGUUCUUUCGUCUUUUCGUCCCGAGAUAGGGACUACCUUGGAUGACCAACUCCGAAAGUACGAAGAGAGAACUAAAAAGGACCAGGUUUUUUUUUAUGCAUUUUGAAAAGCACUCGGUGACAGAAAAAAAGUUAACGAACUCAAAGUUUUUUUUCUUACGGUUUAAUUAGAAGGGAAUAUCGGCAUAUAAAAUCUGUCAUAGUUUUAAGUUUUUUUCUUUCUCGCCAUUUUCUUUCUUGAAAAACUACUUCAUGCUUAGGUGUCGAUUCUUAUUCAUUUUUACCUAAUCGAGGAGUUAAAAUAAGACUCUUUACAUCUGAAUUUGACAAGAACAAAAAAAUAUAAAAUAACCCCCAUAUAAUACAUUUUUUGAAACGAAAGGUAAGAACUUAUUCUCACAAGUGUUACCCAUGAAUCGAACUUUCACAAAACUAAUGCCGAAAAUUCUGAUUUUAGUUUUCAAAUAAUUUUUUUGUAGCCUCCGUGUCUCAUUUAGAAAAUGCAGAAAGAUUAUUUCAGGCACCAAAGGGACGGAUGCUGUUGGCACCGGGUACACUUGCGAACCUGGGAAAUCCGGUUAAGAAAGUUACUCCGGCCAAACGAGGAAGGCCAAAGAAGUCUUAA